GGAAAAGGUUGGAAGAGCGUCAGCCUUUCCUUGUAGUUUCCGAUUCUGCUCUCGCCUCGUUGCGAGCCUUUAGGCGGAGCUUUUAUCCCCCUGAGCCUGUCAAGGAAGAUUUUAGCGGAUGGCGAUCCACUCGUUUCAGUGAGCUUGAUUUGUUAGUUGGAAAUCUUUCCUGGUUCCUUUGGUGGCUUAAGUAUCUUGUGAAGGAAUAGAGCUGAAGGCCUUGGGAGUUUUGUCCAGACUUCUUGUGCAAGCGAAGUCGUGUAGAGAUCCAUCAGUUCAUUUUGGAGUUGGAUUAUUGGCCGGGGAGAAGAUGGAAGGACAACACCCAACAUAUGCAGGAGUUGGAAAAUGCCCUACAGUUGCUCAGCCUCGGAGCUGUGGGAAGAAUGGGGCAAAUCCUGGGCAGAAGACCCAAAACAAUGAAGCCAGCAGUUCAGAGGUCCAAUGUUGUGACUUCAGCAAAGUGCAGUUCCAGGAGGGGAAGAGUCCCCGAGAUGUUUGCACUCAGCUUCACCGCCUUUGCUGUCAGUGGCUGAAGCCACAAAUACACACCAAGGCUGAGAUGCUGGACCUGGUGCUCCUGGAGCAGUUCCUGGCUGUCCUUCCCCCAACGGUGGAGAAAUGGGUGCGGGAGUGUGGAGCGGAGACCAGUUCCCAAGCAGUGGACUUGGCAGAAGGCUUCCUGCUGACCCAGGAGUUGGAAAAGGUGCAAGAAGAGUUGCAGAAGUCCUUGGAAGAUAUAUCCGAUUAUACCAAGGAGAGGAAAGAGUCAUCCAAAUUCUUCCAAGAGCUGCAAUUCAGGGACAGCUUCCAGAAAGAUCAAAGUCAGGACACCACGCCAGGUAACAGAAGCACCUUACAUGUGAUGUCAGGUUUGGACAUC